AUGCAACCUACCGCGACUCAGUCUCCCAUGACUCCUCCCGUCGCGCCCGACCCGAUCAGAGAUGCCAUGAUGGCAAGCAUUGGCCGUGUCGAAGAACUCCCUCUUGACAAUACUAAGCGCGAGUACCAUGAUCGGCUGCGCCCUCGUCGUCCUGUCGUCCCCACGCAAACUUCUGAGUCCCUCCAGGGAUACUUGAAGUUGGCCAAGACCGGCCUUGAUGAUGACGAGGCCAAGGGUGUUCAAAACCUCAGCGACUUGGGCGGUCCAAGUGCCUACCGGGCCUCUGGAGGUCCUUCGCAGGACUAUGUUCCCAAGCCCCGCCCCGCCAAUGAUGCCUAUGCUGGCAUGAAGACCAGCCCGAAUGGCAUCCUUCUUCCACCCGGCGCUGAGGUCAGGAUCUUUACUAAGGCUAGUGGUAACAGUGCUGGUACCAAUGUUCUGGUCCAGGCUGUUGGAGGCACCGAGCAGACCUAUGUUACUCAAGCGACCAGUUCUCAGACAACUGGCGCCACCCAGGUGACGUCUGCGAUGUCUUCUCAGGGCGCUUCUGUCACCUUCAAGGGUAGUCAGCAUAAACCCGGCCAAGGAAGCAUGUCUGCUUUGCCUCCUCACCUGAGGAAGAAGCCCGCUGAGGGUGAUUUUUCUUCUCCCUUGUCUGCCCAGACCACUCAGUCUACUCAGGCCGACAAGCAACCUGCCCAGCCUACUCAAUCUACUCAGACCGUCAGUCCUGCACUGUCUACCCAGCCUGCUCAGGUUGCCAAGACACAGACUCCAGUUGCUGCCGUUGCUCCUCCUAUUACCAAGGCCUCUUUGCCCAGCGAGGGACGUAUGGAACAUGAUUGUGCACCAGCUAACGACUCCACCUUGCCUUCUGACAGACAACUGUUCUCGUCUACUUGCAAGGGAAAGAUUGGAGGUCCUGGUGGAUCAUGGGAAGAUGUCAUCGUCAAACUCAAGGUCGUCUUCACCGAGAAUCGCCCCGAGGGCCACGCCAUGUUCGUCAUGGAGUACAAGGACAUUCUCACCAAGAGCCACGGUCUGGAAACUUACCGCUGCGUUUAUGCAAAGGGUAUCUUGGUGAUCUGCAGCUUUAUCGACUCCUCAAACGACAAACCCCGGGAAGAGCGAUACAGCUUCAGGUUCCCAGACGAGAGCACUGGAGUGGAGUUUAACCUUCAAUGCGACAACAUCAAGCGUGUGAUGGAGUACAUCCUGAAGCACGCCAUCCCUGCAAAGAGCGAGGCGGUCGAACCCUCGGCAAAGCAAGAGGCAGAGGCAGAGUCGCUUCCCGAGACGCCUUCGGAGAAGACGGCAGUCGGCACUCCCACCCCCGAGCCUGUUUUGAAGAUGGUUGCUGCGCCCAAGACCGACGUCGAUAAAAAUGCCUCGAAGACCACAGACCUUGAGGAUGCCUUCGACAAGCUCGCACUUGAUAAGGUCAAGGGCUCCUCAAUGUACACGGCGGAGCGUACGGCGGAACGUAGGCAGUACAGUGCCGAACAGCUUCUCGAGAGACGUUCGUCGGCUGAGAUGCCUCCCGGCAUCAAGGAUGUCAAGAUUCCUCUACAGAAAGACCGAGGUGGUCGAUUGCCCCCUCAUCUCCAUUCCAACCGUCGCCAGGAGUCAAACGCCGAUCAGCAGGCCAAGGCCAAGCUUCACCAGGAGUGGCUGUCCGGCAACAAGACUACGGCUGAUCUUCAUCAAGAGAGCGUCGCGAGCCCGGAGUUGCCCGCCACUGCUUCUACCAUGGCUCCUGUUGGAAAAAGCGAUGCUUUGGUCGAGGUUGAGAUCAACGAUCAGGUGGUCCAGCCGCCUAUCAAGGACGCUCCCAUCUUCCAGGAGUCCGAGUCUAUGAAAGAGUCUUCUAUCCAGAAGCCCGAGUCUACUGAUGCACGCGUCGCUGACGAGUCGCUGAUCUCAUUCAAGACCAGCAAGUCCGAGGUCGACUCUGCUGUCUCCAUGCAGCCUACCUCCACUGCCCCCACCGUCGAAGAUGAAACGCUCAACACCAGUCUUUCUCAAGAGGUCGGCACUCCAGUGCCCGUGGCUGAGUCGACUGCCAAGCAGACUGACGCAGCUAACGCUACUGAUAACUCAGAGCAGCCAAUUCCUGUCAUGCCGCCUGCGCAGGCCAACCCCCACCCGGGCUACAUUCACGGCGUCCAAGGCAUGCCUCCCCAGAUGCCGACUCCCAUCAUGGGAUCUCCUCACAUGGCCGGUCCCGCUAUCUACCAUCCGUAUGGAGCUCAGCAGAUCAUUGAGUCUGCGAUGCAGCAGCACUUGCCCGCUAAUGGAGUCUUGCACGCCAUCUCCGUGACCUACCACGUCAGCCAGGGACCUUCCUCCGCUCAACAGAACGGCGGCCAUCAGUCUGCGCCCACCAUGUAUAACAUGACUCAUCAGCUGAACACUGGCACAGGCUUUUCGCCUAGAGCGCAGGUCUUCCAGCCUGUUGUCCAGGGCCAGACUGUCAACAGUAAUGGACCCAAGAUGCGUCGUGGCCUCGAGAGCUCGAGAUUUGCCACUGGAUUCUCUGGUGCCAAGUACGCGGGCUCGUUCACCGGAAUCGCGGCUGAUGAGUAG